AUGGAGGCGAACAGUGCUUUCAGAGUGUUUUGGAAAUCAAGGCAAUUGUACACGAGAAAACCAACAGCUGAUUCAGAGGAUGAAGUCCCACUGACAUGGAAAAGGAAGCAUUUUAAAAGGAAGAAGAGACCAUCAAAAGAAGUCUCUGAAAAACACUCUCCAGUGCAGGACUGUGAUGAAAUGAUCACAUUCCCCUGCUCCGUUUGCAAGCGUGAGGUUGGCCUGCCUGGCGUUUUCCUCCACAAAAAGCGGCAUGUGGCUCUGAGCACACUGGGCCUGCAGUGGACCGGGGGGAGGAGACCAGGGCUCUCGGCGAUCGUAGACCAGAGACAGUCCGUCAUUACUAAGCUGCUGUCAUCUUUUGCGUUCAAUGAGAAAACCUUGCAGAGCAUUAAUAAUGCUUUUGAGCUACUGUGGAAGAGACAGGUACCAGCAUACUAUAGGAUUAUGGAGAACAUUUGCGAGAGUUCCAUACACCCUCAAAAAAUCAGUCACCUAUUAAUUAAAGGAGCAGCUAUUUGCAAUGACAGGAAUUCCACAUGGAGAGUUGACAUGAACGAUAAAUUCAUUGUUGUGAAUAAUUUUGGCAGUAAACCCAAUGUGUGUUUUUUUGGUUUGUUUGAUGGACAUCACGGAGCCUCAGCGGCCGACUUGACCUCAACAGAACUCCCAGUUUUACUUCUCCAUCAACUUUCCAGCCUUGAUCCUUCCUACCAAAUGACUCCUGAAGAGCAAAAAGUAAUCAAUUCUUUUAACACAGUGUUUAGAGAGGACUAUAGAGCUAUAGAAGACUCCUUCUCUUCCAAAAAGAAAAGGACAAAAGGAAUGAAAAGCGUGUAUGAGAACAUACACAAAGCCUUUGCCAAAGCGUUUUGGAGAAUGGACAGGCUUUUACGUCUUGGAAGGAGGGAAGUGUCCAGGGUCCGAUGGAGUGGCUGUUCCGCAGUCACUUGCAUGCUGGAAAGCAAUGCUGAGAGUCCCGAAGCCAGGAAGUCUUGGGGAAGAAUCAGUGACCUUGGUGCUUUGGCAGAUAGGCAUCUUUUCUCGGGGAUGCCAAAAAUCACCACUGGAGUGCUACAUGUUGCAAAUGCUGGUAACGUGCAAGCAGUCUUAUGCAGAAAUGGGAAAGGCUUCCGCUUAACCAAAGAGCACACCACCCGGAACACGGACGAGAGGCGGCGGGUGCUCCGGCAGGGCGCGGCCAUCAGCGCCAACGCGCCGCACGGCCUCCUCCAGGGGCAAAGGGCCACCACACGCGGCCUUGGCUUCCAUGGGGAUCUCAAGCUGAAAAAAUUCAUCAUUCCAGCACCUCAGACGAUUUCUGUGCCCAUAGAUGACUUGUGUCAGUUCCUCAUCCUGGGCACUGAUGGGCUCUGGGACGUUCUGGACACAAAGGAGGUCACCGCACUCACCAUGUCAGCUUUCCAAGCGCACAGAGAAACGCGGGGUCCUGCCGCGGGGAACAAACCGUCACCGCCCAGAGGGUCUCUGCUUUGCCCCAUCAGUGAACAAACCACAUCGAAAUCGGAGCCUAACAUCCACACAGUGUUUCAGUGCAAAUCUGCAGAAUGCGUGUCAACUGUCAAUUCAGAAGAAAACCUGUCAGUUUCAAAACAUUCUAUUUGUGACCCUGAAAGUUCAGGGCUGUUUCCACCGAAAGUGACCACUCGUGAUGCCUGCAGUGAGGAAGGAACCGACGGACUGACCAGUGUGGAAAGAGAGCCAAGAGACUCAAGAGAAAAUCAGAGAGGACUAGGCUCUCAGCACUUCUAUGAUGGUGCCGCCGCGUCCAUCAGCCAGGAGCUCGUCAACGCUGCUCUGGCGGCUGGCUCCAGAGACAACAUCACCGUCAUGGUGAUACUUCUCAGCGGGACUGAGCAUCAGCUGCUGACAUAA